UAAUCUCCCAGCAUCGGAGGGUCCGCAAAACCGUUCAAGAUAAGCACACAAUCGAUAAGCAAUGGAAAAAGUGCCGAUAACGAUGAGUGCCUGUCCCAAAAUCAUCCCUGACAGAAAUAUUUUGUCGAUGGUUUCUGCCGUGAUACUCCGUUGAUCACCACACCCUCGGCCGGCCCAGCAACCAGCACCUCACUCACACUAGCAAACAUGUCUGCCAUUGGAACCCUCGUCUUCUGUCACGAUUGCGGCAACUUACUUCCCGCCUCCAUGGGAACGGAGAAGAAUAUCCUUACGUGCGACUGCUGCGGUGCCGACAACAAGGACACUGGCUCUAAGACAAUUGUUACCCAGACGAAGCCUUCUGACUUCCCGUCUCAACUCCGCCAGAAGCUGCAGUCUAAUGUUCAGGCCGUCGACAGGGCCAACGUCACCACAGAGGCAACGAUUAGGGAGACAUGUCCCAAGUGUGAAAGAGAGGAGGUCCGCUUCACUGCCGUGCAACUCCGCAGUGCCGACGAAGGCAGCACUAUUUUCUUCACCUGCGACUGUGGCUUCAAGUGGUCUCAAAACAACUGAAAUACACUAAACUUUUUUACCCAUCGCUUUUAAGUACCUUAACCCAC